UUGAAAUAAGGCAGAGCCAUCUAACCCAAGAUAGAAGUUGCUUGGCAACCAAACAUUUUUUUUUCAUCAAAAAGGUGUUUUAAAGUGAUCAUCUCUUUUGAUUUCUCACUCUUCAAACUUCUUUUGGUGAUUUUGUGAAAGAAGACAAGUUUAAUUUAUUCCUGCGAUUUAUGUAGGUAUGUAUAACUUAAAUAAAUAAAUAAAAUGUACCUACAUAUUUCAUAUCAUUUUGUGAAAUACACACUUUUUUAAAUUAUCAGCGAUUUGACAUUGUGUUUGAAAUUCAUGAUGAUUCUUAAAUUUUGAAGAUACCUUCUUCUAAUUGUCCUUGUGUAAUGAUACAGGUUCAUCAGCCAUGGCAGAAGGAGAAAGUGAGAAAAUCCUGGCAUCCGUACGUUACUAUGGAGAUGAGACAAAUACAGUUGCUAUAGUUGAUCCAGCCUUAAUACUUGAUUAUGCAUCGAUUGAAACAUUUAACUUUAAUGUUCCACAUCUUAUUCAUCGAAUCAAAAAUGGUGAAAGAAUUACUGAGCCAGUACAAGUGUUUGCUAUAUCAGAUAAUGUAAAUGAACUCAUUCACCCUACAAAGAGGAGAGUUUUUGACAAGAGAAGAAAGAGUGAUGUGAUGUAUGAGAUUUUGGAAAAACAAAAAACAAUGAUCGAAACGAAAACCAAAAAAUCAAUCCCUAGCAAUGACGACGAGCUCAUAGAUGAAGCAUCAAUCAUCACAACAUCUUCUCAGUCUGGAAAUUCAAAAAACAUUCAUGAGUUGAAAGCAAUAGAGAAGAAAAUAAAAGAAAAUGCACGAGCAUUUUCAAAAUCAUCAGAAAGUGAAAUUCUUAAAAAAAAAAAUAGAAAACUUAAAAAAGAACAAAUUAGUCUAUUCAAAUGAUGGUACUGACCUAGAAAAGAAACAAAAAGAGAUCAAUGAUCUACACAUGUCCAUCGAACUAAAAAAUGGAGAGUUUGAACAAUUAAAAAAAAACCAGCAAGAAUUAGAAGCAAAGAUAGCAAAUUAUGAAGAAGAUUCUAAGUUUUGGCGAAGCAAUUAUGAAAAGAACCAAGAAUUUAUGGAAGAAAGCAAGAAACUUAUUGAAACUUUGCAGAAUGAGCGUCAGAAUACUGCUCCAGAAACUAUUUAUAAAUCUCAUGAAACAUUACGCCAAAAGAGACCACCACUGAAUUCUAAAACUGCUUUAAAUCUUCAUGGUGAUCACUCGCCCGAUACAUCUGCUAUGGAUAGUCACGGUGAUUACUCGUUUCAAGAUUUUCCAGGACACUUUGAGGAUAAUGAAGAGGAAUACAGUCUUGGAAUACUGGAAUCAAGUCGUGGUGGAAAAAUGUCAACAAAUGAAAGUCUUGGAUCUGGCUCAGCCAAAGAUGAAGAGAAUUUUCAGUACGAUAAAAAAAAGGAGAGGAGUAGAAAUGAGAUAAACCACAAGAGAGUGAAGGAACCCCGAGAAAAAGCCAUUAAGAAAAAACGGACGGCUGGAAGUGAAGGAUUCGAUGACAUGAGCGAUAUCGAAGAAGAGUGUGAAAAAAAAUCUCGUCCGAAGAAGUUCAAGAAGCGAUUUGUACGAACAAAAAAGUACGCAAACUUCCACAGUUCAUCAGAUUCUGAAUGUAAUGAGAAGAGAACUUUCACGCGGGGCAGUGAUGACGAGUAUGAACCGGAAAAUCUACGGCAAUCAGAGAAUCAUCAAAAUUACAAGUCGUAUUAUGCAGAAACUGGAAAGAAGAGACACAUGUACCACCUUAUGUGUGACAUAAGUAUUAAAUACAAGACGUGGGAUACGCUGAAAAAAAUUUUUGACAUGAAAGAGUGGAUCAGAGUAUUAGUCCACGCGAUGUUCAAGGAAGAAGAUCUAAUAGGGAAGACGUUUAAUCUUGCAGGAUGCAAGAUCGAUCGUUUACCAGGGAUAACCCGAUCAGAAUUUAAGCGGGAGGAAAAAGCUGCUAUAAGACAAACAUUUUUUUGCCGAUGCGACCAAGUCGUGAAACGGAGGCGAGAAGCAGAAAUGCACAAAAAUAAUUGGAAAUCUUACAUAAGCGAACAUAUCAACUCGCUGUUUAUGAAAGAAAAGGCAGAACGUGCAAAAAUUGAGAAAAAGCAAAAAAUUAAAGCAAAAGCUACAAAGGAACCUCAAGAACAAUUUAGUCUGUCCUCCGACGAUUCAUAAAACGUUUUGUUUGCUCAAAAGUCAUUCUUGCGAUAGUUUUGUUUGAUAUUAUUAGUCUAAAUUUUCGACCAAAAUUAUUGGCUAAAAGUUUUUUAAUACUUCG